AUGACAGAAGACAAUUGUUUCGUUUAUGCUUGCAUUCAGGCUGGAGUAGAUGGAGAGACUAUUGACCACAUGAGAGAAGUCAUUCGUGUUAGAGACUUUCCUCAAAGUAAAGUACAAGAAAUUUCUGACGCAACAGGUAUAGCAUUUAAUGUUACCAUUGGUUACUUCAAUGACUCAAGACAUAAUGAAAUAAAGAGAUACAUACCAAAAGAAUGUGAAACUGUUAGA